AUGCUCGCAAAAGAACCGCUUCGUUGCUAUGUUGUCUUCGCGCCAUUGCUCAGCCCCUGCUGUUCCUUCCGCACGCAUUGCUGCCUUUCUCUCUGGUGCUUCCUCAUCAAUGACGGUCGUGACGGUCGUGAUCAGCAACAACAAGGACAUCAUCGCGGUGAUAAGCCCCACUGGAAAAACAAAAAGAACCGCGGUGAUCGCAACGGGGAUGAGGUACCGGAUCACCUGAGAGCAGGUACAAGAACAAAUGCCAAGAUGACCAUCUUGUUCAACACCCAUUGCCAGAUUGACUUGUCGCCCUUGAAGAAUUACAUUAACACUUAUGGAAGAGAAAGUGCUGGAAGUCCAUGCCCUGGGCGCCCAUUCACUGCCACUGUGCUUCCCAUUCACCGGCUCUCCCUUCCUGGGUAUUUAGGCUGCCCUGGUAUCCGUUUCUCCUCUUCCAUUGCCACUACAGAAUCAGCGUGUUUUUUUCUGUCGUCGCCUCUCCAGCCUCCAACAGAAAGCAAAUUCCGCAAAACUUGUCGUUGUGUUAUCAUGUCAGGUAACCCUCUCCGACGGCCUGGACCGCCACACACAUCCCAGAGAACCGAAACUGCUUCUCAAGCUCGCCAGAGAGAUAAUCCUCAACGCCCUUACGGUAAUACGAGGCCUGAAGAGCAUUAUCCGAGUCACCAUGCCCAGAAUUUGGUCCAGCUCCUCUUCGUCUUCAACGUCUUGAACACAACCUUCUUUGUCCUUCUUUAUCUCUGGGCGGGAGCAAACAUCUCGUACUAUGCUGUCGAGAAUAGUCGUCAACAGACUCAAGACUACCCCUGGAGAAGGUCCACUCAAGUAGGGUCAGAAUAUACCUCUACCUACCUGUAG